AUGAAGGAUUUGGGGCCACUCCACUACUUCUUGGGAAUUGAAGUAGCCUACUCCCCAAAAGGUUACUUGUUCUCCCAAUCAAAGUAUAUUGCAAAUAUUCUUGAUCGUGCUCGUCUCACUGAUAGUCGGACUAUUGAUACUGCUCUUGAGGUUAAUGUCCGCUACACUCCCACUGAUGGUAUUCCCCUACCUAAUCCUACCUUGUAUCGUACUAUUGUUGGUAGUUUGGUCUAUUUGAUUAUUACUCGCCCAAAUAUUGCUUAUAUUGUCCACAUAGUGAGUCAGAUUGUUGCUUCGCCUACAUCUAUGCAUUGGUCUGCUGUUUUGCGCAUCUUGCAAUAUCUUCGAGGGACUCUCUAUCAGAGUCGUUUAUGCUUUUCAACUACAUGA